CCUCCACGAUUGCUUAUUCCCGAUCGCGUUGUCCAAGUAUAUAAGUCGUCAUUAUAUCUCCUCACCGUCGUCUCCAAAUUGACUGUGAUCUCGUGUGCGAUUCUACAUUAUUUCAUAUUGACUCCGGCUGUUUCGGUUGAGUCUAUAUAAUCUUUAUUUACAUUAGCAAACUAUUUAUUGCAAAAUCAUGGCGUCCAAGUUCUACGCAGUCAUCGUCGGAGCUGGCGGAGGCACAGGUGGUUCUGUAGCAGCCAGGUUCGCAAAGGAGUACCCAGUCGUGCUCCUGGCGCGAACAGCCGCGACCUACGAGGGCAGUGUAAAGGCAAUCAACGAGGCAGGCGGCAAAGCCAUCGGUAUCAACGCCGACGCAACAGACCGGGCCUCUCUGGACGCCGCCUUUGAGGCCAUCGCCAAGGAACUGCCAGACCACAAGCUCGCUGCCGCUAUCUACAACGCCUCGGCAGGUCUCAAGCCUACGCCUUUCGUCGAGAUUGACCCCCAAGUUCUCGAGGGCAGCAUCGAUGUGAACAUCCGAGGCUUCUUCAACUUCGCACAAAAGACUCUCCCAUUACUCGAGGACGCCGUGAGCUCCUCUCCACACCCGCCCUCGCUCAUCGUGACGGGCGCGACAGCCUCGGUGAAGGGAUCCGCCAAAUUCUCUACCUUCGCCGCAGGAAAGUGGGCAAAGAGGGCGCUGGCGCAGUCCAUUGCCCGCGAGUACGGGCCUAAAGGCGUGCACGUUGCGCAUGCCGUCAUCGACGGCGUCAUCACGGGGCCCCGGACCGAGGCGUACACUGGUGUCAACGGCGGUGCGCCCGACGGCAAGAUCAGCGCUGAUUCGAUUGCUGAGACAUAUUGGAGCUUGCACACGCAGCAUCGCUCGGGAUUCACCUGGGAGGUCGAUAUUCGACCCUAUGUUGAGAAGUGGUAAAAGAUGGAAUGAUGCAUGAAUAGUCCUAAUGAAUAUUUGAUAAUGAUUAAGUUUAUCCACAGGAGUAUAUCUCUUACUCCCAGCCAGUGAAUCGCGAUGUCAUAAGACCUGGCGAGACGCUUUAACAGUCUUCCCUGGGAUACUCCGUGUCGCACUCACUGUACAGC